CGAUAACAGGUGGGGCCAGUUUUCACAGUGACGCGCUGUGGAUUUUUACAGCUGAUUCCUGAAUCUUGCAUCAGACUGCAGUUUAUUAAGGCGAGUCCACAGAGGGACGGACUCAUAUGGACCAGGAAGCUGAUGGAGACACAGAAGACGAGCUGCUCGCCCUGCAGAGCAUAUUUGGUUCGGAAGAGUUCCUCCGAAAUGAGUCGAAGUCUGCCGGAGAAUUCCGAGUUUCCGUGGAGCUGCCAGCGGGAUUCACUGUACUCCUAAAACACGGUGGAACAAUAAGGCAAUAUGACGUCUCUUUCCUUCCACCGCUGCUUCUGACCUUUGAACUUCCUGGAGAUUACCCGUCCUCCGCCCCUCCCUCCUUCACUCUCACCUGCAGCUGGUUGACUCACCCACAGCUAACGUCCCUGAGUGAUCAGCUCACAGAUCUCUACCAGGCCACUGGGGGCGCUGUGGUGCUCUUCUCCUGGAUCCAGUUUCUGAGAGAGGAAGCCCUAAAGCAGGUGGACAUCCACAAUCUGCUGGAGCUUCCUUCUGACCAGAACCAUUCUUCCUCAGCUGCAGACAGUUCUGAACUUCCUGUGUCUGUUCCGGGCGGACAGGAAGUCGUCCCUCCAAACGAAGACCAAAGAGACUCUGGUCUCUCUUUGACUGCGUCUCAGAUUCUCCUGUCCCAGAUUUUGAUCCAUGAUGCAGAGCAGAAACAAAAGGUGUUUGACGCCACGCCGUUUGACUGCGGCGUGUGUUUCUCGAGCCGGUUCGGGUCCGAAUGUGUGCAGCUGUACGAGUGCGGCCACAUCUUCUGCCGGACCUGUCUCGACGAGUUCUGGAAAGCCCAGAUUACGGAAGGGAACGUCCGCGGCGUUACCUGUCCUCAGGUAGACUGCUCUGCCACAUCAACACCUGCAGAGGUGAAAAGUCUUGUAGGAGAGAAGCUCUUUCACAGAUAUGACCGUCUUCUGCUACAGUCUACCUUGGACAUUAUGCCUGACAUCACGUAUUGUCCUCGGCUUACUUGCGGUUCUGCUGUGAUCUUGGAGAAGUCCAGCCCUGCAGCGAUGUGCUCCGUCUGCAGCUUUGCUUUCUGUGUAGACUGCAAAAGAACGUACCAUGGAACAAGCAAGUGCUACGAAGAACCUGACUUAUCCACAGAGAAGAGUGAAGAACAGCUGAUAGCUUUCCCAAAGACAGAAGAGGGGAUCCAGGCGCUUCUGGAAGAUUAUGCUAAAGGUGGCAAGCGGAGGCGUCGGCUUCUAGAAAACAGAUAUGGCCGUAAAACCUUUGUUUACACCUUUGAAAGGCAUUCUAGCGAAAAAUGGAUAACCACCAACACCAAACCCUGCCCUCACUGCUUCUCCCCAAUACAGAAAGAUGGCGGAUGCAUCCACAUGUUUUGCACUUAUUGUAAACGGGAUUUUAUGUGGCAGUGACUCUGUAGACUUGACUCUUUAGAACAGACUUUCUCAAACUUUGGACCGCGGCCGCCCCCUAGCGGCCCCCCAAGGGACUGCACGUAAACGACCUGUUAUUUACCGUGACGUCACCUCGAAGUGCGACGCUACAGCUAGCUUAGCAAAGGAUUGUGUUUAAAAAUAAUAAUGGAUAAAAUCGGAUACCGGUGGAAAGAAAACAACACCAGGAAUACGUGUAUGCAGAGGUGGACAGAGUACUAAAAAACUACUGAAGCAAGAGUAGUUCUACUUCCACAUAUUUUUACUCAAGUAAACAUAAAAAGUAGCCGUUCAAGAAUUUAUUCAAAUAAGAAUAAAAAAGUAUUUGGUGAAAAGUACUGAGGAAAUAAUCAAAUUACCAUUAUUUUAUCUUUGAAAAUGACAUAAUAAAAAUCAAAUAACAAAAUCAGGCAGAGAAAGAAAUUUCAAAAUCAGUUAAAUUUAUAUUUAUAUAAUUAUAAAAUUUGCUUGAAAAAAGCUCCAAAAUUCUUAGAUUACUCACAGAAAUGUAAUUUUUUUUCCAGAAAAUUUCUGAGUUAGAAAAGUUGAACAUUUGCAACAAAAAAACUUGGAAAUUUUAAGAUUAAUCUCAUUAAUUAUUUAGAGAAAAACAUGAAAAUAUCUGUUUCAAAGGUCAAAAUUUUUUGACUUUGGACAUUUUUGACUUGAAACUAGAAAUUUAAUGUUUUUUGUUGUUGUUGUUUUUUUCUGGCAGAAUUUAUUCUUUUUUGUUUUAGUUUAUGUGCAGAGGCCCUAAUACACCAUUGUAUGAAAACUCGCUUUUCAAUGCAGGUUUAAUAAUUUUUAACUCUCAUGAAGGAAUUAGAACCAUCAUCAGAACAAACAAAGCAAAACACUGAAUCAAUCAGUUCUGUAAAUAUGUAAGAUGAGGUCAGCAGGUUACAUUUCUACGGAAGAGUCUUAGGGCCACCGAAAAAAAAAAAAAUUCUGAGAUUAAAUACAACAAACAUUUUAAAUGCCGAAAAUGGGAUGGAAAUUGUAAAAAUAUAUAUAUUUUCUAAUUACACUUAAGUUGUCCAGACAAACUUCAACAUUUUCAUUUAUGAAAUCAAGUCCAAAUAUUACAUUAUCUGUUUAAAAUAGAAAUAAUAAAGUUUUCAGAAUAAAGCCAACCUAACAAUAACAUUACAUAAAGAACAUGUUUUAAAUUUACACGAGUGUCUCAAAUAAACAGCCAAGAACAUCCAAAUUUAACUAACAUUUGAGAAUGUUAACUUUGGGACAUCUGGUCAGGAUGCUUCCUGGACGCCUCCCUGAUGAGGGUUAGGGCGUCCCGCCUGGAGGAGGCCCCCGCGUCCCGCCUGGAGGAGGCCCCCGCGUCCCGCCUGGAGGAGGCCCCCGCUCGGCUGGCCUGGGAACGCCUUGGGAUUCCUCCGGAGGAACUGGUGGAAGUGGCUGGGGAGGGAAGUCUGGGUCUUCCUUCUGAAGCUGCUACCCCCGCGACCCGACCCCGGAUAAGCAGCAGAAGAAGAUGGAUGGAUGGAUGAACUUUGGGACAACCUACAGUUUUCCAACUUGCGUCAGUUUAAUUUUAUGGGGAAUAAAGGAAUAUAAAAAUAGUCUGCAAUUUCUGAAAAAAUCUUCUAUUACUCAUCUGUUGUGUUUAAUUGGGUUGAUAAAUAUGUUAGGUAAUUCAUUCACAACAAAAAAUCAUCUGAAACAAAGUAUUUUCAAAAUCAGGUGACGAAUAUGUUCUAUCUUAAUAUUCAUCGUAGGGUGCUUGUCUGCCAGAGUAAAAAUGUCUUCUGAAAAGAGCAACUUUUAAGCAGCUAAGUAUGUAUUUCUGUGUUAAUAAUUUUUUAUUAAUUGUUCUGAUGUAAUAUUCUAACUGUAGUCAACAUUAAGGCCAGAAAACAUCAGUAUAUUUAUAAUUAAUUUAUAUAAUGUGUUUCACUGAGUGAAUUUUGUUAAUGAAAUAAAUGUUUGACUAAUAUUAAAAUUUAUCAUUACUCUGUUAAGUGCAGUUCCUUCGCUGCCCUUUGCCAAAUAGAUAUUUUAACGGCGCCCCCUACUGCCACGGCGGUUAAUAGACGGUCACAG